CGCGCCGCCCGCCUGCGCCGCCGAGCCGGUGCCCGGGGUGGCGGGGCUCCGGAACCACGGCAACACGUGCUUCAUGAACGCCACGCUGCAGUGUCUCAGCAACACCGAGCUCUUCGCCGAGUACCUGGCGCUCGGCCAGUACCGGGCGGGGCGGCCCGAGCCCUCGCCUGACCCCGAGCAGCCUGUGGGCCGCGGCACGCAGGGCCAGGGCGAGGUCACCGAGCAGCUGGCGCACCUGGUGCGGGCCCUCUGGACCCUGGAGUACACCCCGCAGCACAGCCGCGACUUCAAGAGUAUUGUGUCAAAGAAUGCACUGCAAUAUCGAGGAAAUUCCCAGCAUGAUGCCCAGGAGUUUCUGCUGUGGCUUUUGGACCGAGUUCAUGAGGACCUCAAUCAUGCUGUGAAGCAGAGCGGCCAGCCUCCUCUGAAGCCACCGUCAGAGACUGAUAUGAUGCCCGAGGGACCAACUUUUCCUGUCUGUAGCACUUUUGUACAAGAACUUUUUCAAGCCCAGUACAGAUCGUCUUUGACAUGUCCCCAUUGUCAGAAGCAGAGCAACACUUUUGACCCUUUCCUCUGCAUUUCUUUGCCAAUUCCUCUACCCCACACGAGGCCUCUCUAUGUCACCGUAGUGUAUCAGGGGAAGUGUUCUCACUGCAUGAGGAUUGGCGUGGCCGUGCCUCUGUCUGGGACUGUCGCCAGGCUUCGGGAAGCAGUGUCUAUGGAAACAAAGAUCCCCACUGAUCAGAUUGUGUUAACGGAAAUGUACUAUGAUGGCUUCCACCGUUCCUUUUGUGACACAGACGACCUGGAAACAGUCCAUGAAAGCGACUGCAUUUUUGCCUUUGAGACUCCAGAAAUAUUUAGGCCUGAAGGAAUUCUCAGUCAAAGAGGAAUCCACUUAAACAACAAUCUAAACCACUUAAAAUUUGGGUUGGAUCAUCAUCGACUGUCUUCUUGUACACAGGCAGCAGCAAAGCCAGGGAGAACAGACUUGCCACCGACAAGACCAGGAGGUGACAAGAUUGUUCUAUUAGUGUGUAACCGAGCCUGCACUGGGCAACAAGGGAAAAGAUUUGGACUGCCUUUUGUGCUGCACUUAGAGAAGACAAUAGCCUGGGACCUUCUGCAGAAGGAAAUCUUGGAGAAGAUGAAGUAUUUCCUGAGGCCCACGGUUUGCAUUCAGGUGUGUCCAUUCAGUUUGCGUGUCGUCAGUGUUGUGGGGAUAACAUACCUGCUGCCCCAGGAGGAGAAGCCCCUGUGCCACCCAACGGUAGAAAGGGCAUUAAAAUCUUGUGGACCAGGUGGCACUGCUCAUGUGAAGUUAGUGGUAGAAUGGGACAAGGAAACAAAAGAUUUCUUGUUUGUAAAUACUGAAGAUGAGUAUAUUCCUGAUGCAGAAAGUGUCCGUCUGCAGAGGGAGCGUCAUCAUCAGCCCCAGACUUGCACUUUAUCCCAGUGUUUCCAGCUCUACACCAAAGAGGAGCGGCUCGCCCCAGAUGACGCCUGGCGUUGCCCACACUGUAAGCAGCUGCAGCAGGGGAGCAUCACGUUAAGCCUCUGGACUCUGCCUGAUGUGCUUAUUAUCCAUCUGAAGAGAUUUCGACAGGAAGGAGACAGGCGUAUGAAACUUCAGAACAUGGUCAAGUUCCCCUUGACUGGCCUGGACAUGACACCUCAUGUGGUUAAGAGAAGUCAGAGCAGCUGGAGUUUGCCAUCCCAUUGGUCUCCAUGGAGACGGCCCUAUGGACUCGGGAGGGACCCUGAGGACUACGUCUAUGACCUGUAUGCUGUGUGCAAUCAUCAUGGCACCAUGCAAGGGGGGCACUACACAGCGUACUGUAAGAACUCUGUGGACGGCCUGUGGUACUGCUUCGAUGACAGUGACGUGCAGCAGCUGUCGGAAGAGGAGGUCUGCACGCAGAUGGCGUACAUCCUGUUCUACCAGAGGCGGACAGCUAUUCCUUCGUGGUCAGCCAACAGCUCAGUGGCAGGCUCCACCAGCUCCUCCUCGUGUGAACACUGGGUGAGCCGGCUCCCCGGGAGCAAGCAAGCCAGUGUGACCUCCGCGGCGUCCUCCAGACGCACCUCUCUGGCCUCGUUGUCUGAGUCCGUGGAGAUGACCGGAGAGAGGAGUGAAGAUGAUGGAGGUUUCUCAACUCGACCAUUCGUGAGAAGCGUCCAGCGUCAGAGCUUGUCAUCCAGAUCUUCUGUCACCAGCCCUCUGGCCGUUAAUGACAAUUGCAUUAGACCUUCUUGGUCCCUGUCUGCUAAGCUGCAGAUGCGCUCCAGUUCUCCCUCCCGGUUCUCAGGGGACUCUCCGAUCCACACCUCUGCCUCCACCCUGGAGAAGAUCGGGGAGGCGGUGGACGAUAAGGUCUCCAUCUCUUGCUUUGGCAGCUUGAGGAACCUUUCUAGCAGUUUCCAGGAACCAAGUGAUAGUCAUGGCCGACGUGAGCACAGGGCCGCCGGCCGGGCCCCUCUGGCUGUUAUGGAAGGCGUGUUCAGAGAGGAAUCGGACACCCACAAAUUGAACUCCAGUGUUGUAGACACACAGAGCAAAAACUCAGCACAAGGGGAUCGCGUACCCCCCAUCUCUGAUCCUUUCGAUAAUAAUAACCAAAUUGCUUAUGUGGAUCAGAGUGAUUCUGUAGACAGCUCUCCAGUCAAAGAGGUGAAACCCGUGAGCCACCCAGGCUCCCUUGCAAAGAAGCCAGAGACCACAGCCAAAAGAUCUCCAAGCUCCAAAGGCGCUUCUGAGCCAGACAGAAGCUUGCGGAAGGGGAGACCAGUCUUGGCAAGUCAGGAAUCCUCUCUUUCAAGUACGUCCCCUUCUUCUCCUGUCCCUGUGAAAGUCUCUGCAAAGCCCUCCCGCUCCCGAAGCAAAGCAGAUUCUUCGUCCAGGGCCAGUGGACGGCAUUCCUCCCCUGGCCCUGCCCCGCCCAGAAAGGAGGCCUCCCCCAAAUCCCAAGACUCCGUGUCAUCUCCUUCGCCCCAGAGGCAGAAGUCAUCUUCCUCCCUCACCUACACUGCUUCCUCUGCAGCUGCCAAAAACGCCCCAGGCCCUGCCGCAAGGGGCCCCUUCCCUCCUGGGAAGAGCAGGACUUCAGACAGGAGCUUGAGUAGAGAGGGCUCCAGACAAAGCCUGGCUUCUGACAGGGCCAGCGUCACCUCCAGCUCCAAACCCAACUCCCCUCGGGUGAGCCAGGCCAGGGCAGGGGAGGGCCGAGGGGACGGAAAGCACGUCAGGAGCUCCUCCAUGGCCAGCCUGCGCUCCCCCAACACGAGCAUGAAGGCUGGUCUGAAGAGGGACAGCAAGUCAGAGGACAAGGGGCUCUCCUUCUUCAAGUCAGCCUUGAGACAGAAGGAAACCCGGCGGUCAACUGACCUUGGCAAAACAGCUUUGCUCUCCAAGAAGGCCGGCAGUAGCUCUGCCAAGUUGGCCGGUAAGAAUGCCGUGGAUGACAAGGCAGAGAAAGGCUACCAGCCCCCAGGUUCCCAGCAGCCAAAUGCAAGUGCAGUUGGAAAAGAGCAGCUUGUCUUCAAGGACCCUGCUUCUGCUAAACAUUCCCUGCUGUCCGCUCGCAAAUCCAAGUCUUCCCAGCUAGAUUCUGGAGUGCCCUCAUCUCCUGGUGGCAGGCAGUCUGCUGAGAAAUCCUCAAAAAAGUUAUCUUCUAGCAUGCAAACCUCUGCACGGCCUUCUCAAAAACCUCAGUGAUGUUUCUGCAAUCCAAGUGUUUUAUCUGUAAAGAUGUUUAUUUAUUUAGAACCCCUUCCCUCCCACCAAAGCCCUCUAUGCUUUUGUUUUUCUAUGUUUUAGGUCAUGUGCCUGGCGUGCAAGUGUGCUGUGUGCGUGUGUGUGCGUGUGUGUGCGCGUGUGUAGAAUUCAACUGCAAAUUGUUAAAAGCGUCGCCUUAUUCUGCCAUUGAACCAAAUAACAGCCAUAGGCAAAGCAUUGAUACCAAGCUAACUGGAAUAAUUGUAGACGAGACCCUGGGUGGUCCUUUAGCAAUUGUACAUAUUUCUUUCUAGAGAACUCUAAUGACUUUCGUUGGACACUAGGGUUUGGAAACCUGUGAACCAGUUAAGCUGUCAUGAGUGUGUGCUGUAGAGGGAUCGGUUAUUUGACUUGGGUUUCAUCUGAGCAGGGUUUGUCCUCACAGCUGAUUGUCAUGUGGCACCAGGAGCUCUAAAAACUGUGACACUAACAAACAAACCGAGAGAAGACUUGCUUUCUGCACUUUGGCCCCACCUCCCAGUCUCUGUAAAGGGCAAUAUUUUAACACUAAUGUUUCUCAGGUAUAUACUCAGCUAGUCUAGGGUGGAUGCACAUCAGCAAGAGGGUUAACCAAGAAGGUGGCCUGUGGGUGACUGUCCUUUCUCCAACUGCCACAGAUAGAAGUGUGUAGAGGUAGAAAUGAAGUCUUUCAUACCUUCAUA